AUGACGUCGACUCGAGACCAAAAUCGUCACAAUUGGUUCAGUACCAACAACGACAGUGAUUUGCUCAAUUUGGACAAUGCAGAUUCAGCAGGAUUGGAUUUAGGGAUCGGACAAACGCUGGAAAACAAAAACUUUGAUCCCUCUAAUCUGGGAAUCCCAGACGCAGAGCUGGCAAACCUUUUCCCCAGCAGUUACGAGGACAUUGAUGAUUUCUUGACACAGGAAUUGAAAGACCUCGAUAUUCCCAUGAUACCGCAGAGUUUGAAUCCCCGGGCUGGCUCGAGUUCACCAGCGCGCUGCGAUACGGUCUGGAACCGUGACUCAAAUCUGCCAUCGGGAACUCCGCAGAAGUCUCACAAACGUGGACCCAGUGGAACAGCGAUCUUUGGGUUUGCCAACCAUAACAAACAACUCAGCCUUACAAAAAACAACUUUGACGAGAACAUACUGACCUCAACAAAUCAAUUUGGUGCGCCAACAACCUCUUACGAUGCUGAUUACCAGGCUCAAAACAACAACUUGAAUUCGCUAAUCUUGAAGCAGCAAGAAGAACUGAGAUUGGCCCUCGAACGGCAGCAGGUAAUGAACGCACAAUUAGAAGAGCAACUCAGAAGUAGCCAGCGCCAGCAGCAACAGCUCCAAAUGGCGCUUAAAGAGCAGGAAUACGCUGCACAGCAUCUGACAGUCAAUGUGUCACCAGCUAAAACACCUUCAUCGCGAACGUCGCACUCUGGAGAAGACGGUAAAAACAUCAUCGUCACAAGCAAUAGCAAGUCCGGUGGGUACCAGUUUCCAGCCCCGAACCAGCUAAAACAACCUAACCCAGGUAUGUCAAGAGAUGGUGUCAUAUCGCCAGUCUCAGGAACAUCAAUGAAUGGCUCACCAAAUCGUAAAAACUGUAACACACGGCAUAAUACACAACCAUUGAACCUAAAUGUCCUUAACAAUUUCAGCGAUAGUGGUGAAGAUUAUUCCAGUCCAGAAAACUUUUUUGGCUCCUCACAUUUCAAACCAAAGAUAUCCGCCGAGACCGUUCAAAAGAUGAGCAAGUAUUUUGAACAUGUAAAUGCCAAAAGUGCGGCGAAUUCUGGUCGGCGUGCAGAAAAUAACAACCCGAUAACGCCACAGAAUAGAAUACUUGUGGGUGGGAUGUCCUCGACUUCCUCGUCACCACAAGCAACGUAUCACCGAGCGAAAGAAUCCAUUUCGUCCAGCGCUUCCACUAUCCCUCAACUGUGCGACGAUGAUGACCGUCAAAGCCAUAUAUCUACUUCGGCAGGAAGAGGUCCAGUCGGCCUGGGAAUUAGGUCCAGUAACGACGUCUCCAAGAGGAAAUAUCUAUUGAAUAAACCACCCCCGCUGGAGCUUUUACCAACAAUUCCUGGCUCUUCCGAAAACACUCCAGUUAACAAAAAACACCCUGGAAAUCUCGACUCUGGAAGCCUCCCUCAAAAACACAUAUUUCAACAUACCCCUACGAAAGCUACCCUGGAUCCCAGCAAUGUGUCAUAUUCAAAUUCUAGAUAUCCAGCCAAUAGGCCUAUAUUUGAAACUUUGAAUGAGGAUCUGAGGCCACCCAGUGAAGAAGAGAGAAACUACGACGACGCUGAAGGAGAAGAAGGCACAGAAAGUGAAUUCAAGUACGCCCAAACACCAUCACCAAUCCUGAGGUCACAGGGCCGUUUUGAAGACUCCAGUCCGUAUCUUAGCCAUGAGCACUGCGAGGAUCAUUGCGAAGAUUGUGAUGAUCGUGGAGAGUGUCAUCCGGAUCUUCAUGAACAUUCCUCUCACCACAGCAGCCCGCUCAAGAUCACAAAAAAGCCUACUACUUUGCCGCCUGGUCAAAUAGACAAGUACGUGCUUGAACUACCCGACAAAAGUUUCAAAUGCUUAUACCCUGGAUGUGGUAAGACCUUUAAAAGACGCUACAACAUCCGUUCACAUAUACAAACACAUUUGGAAGAUAGACCUUACAUUUGUGACUAUGAAGGAUGUGAUAAAGCCUUUGUACGAAAUCAUGACCUAGUAAGGCACAAAAAGAUUCAUGCUGAGAAGUCUUUUACUUGCCCUUGCGGUAAGAAAUUUGUACGCGAGGACGCACUCAUUGUUCACAGAUGCAGAAUGAUAUGUGUGGGAGGUAAAAAGUUCAACAACAUUGUAAUAAAGAAAUCGCCCAGGCGGCGAGGUAGACCGAGAAAAGAUGGCACAUUCAGUGUCACCAGCAGCCCUGUAAAGGAGUCCAUUGCUCGUAAUAACCACGAAACAAUAGCCCUUCAGAUGGAGGAGCAACUUCAGCGAGACAUGAUCGAAAGCGGGCUUUUGAAGCCAGCCUAUUCGAACAGUGGUGGCUGGUCCGAGCAGUCGGAAUGGAAAGGAAGCUGA